AUGGUUAUCAAGAGUGUUCCCUCAGAGAUCAUAGAAGGAAAAAGAAAAGAGUUGCUUGAAAUCGUCAAACAUAAUCCUGAUUCUAUCUUAGACACGUUAACCUCUCGGAGGCUGAUUUCGGAGGAAGAGGAUGAGACCCUGGGGAGUGUUACAGAUCCCCUGGAAAAAAGUCGGAAGCUGUUAAUUUUGGUACAGAAAAAGGGAGAGGUCAGCUGUCAGCAUUUUCUCAAGUGUUUACAUCCUUUUCCAGAGUCAGCAACCAUCUGGGACUUAAGGCACGAAUUUUUAAAGCAUGAAACUAUAGCACCUUCUCAGUCUAUGGGAGUAAGCAAGAAUUCAGAAGAUGCUUUUUGCCCUGGAAAGAAACAGCCUGAAGGGCCAGAGAUCUCAGAGUCCUUCAAAAAGAAAGCACACUUGGACUUGGAAACCUCUGAGUUUUUGAGGGACAAGAAAACUAGUUACAGGGAAACUGCUUUGUCCUCCAGGGAGAAUGAGAAGGGAUAUGACACUCCAAAAGUCACAUCGUGUUUAGUUGAGAAAGUUGAAUAUGAAGUUCCAGCAACUAUGCCAUGUUUAAGAGAUGGAAAGAGAUACAAGGAGCCAGAUGACUCUUUAUACUUAGGAAAAGAGGAAUAUCUAGGAUAUAUUGGAUACCUUGAGGAUGCAGAAAACACGAUGAAAAAGGAUUAUGAUGACCCAGAGCAUAUCGUAGAUGAUGGCAAAGAGGACUCUGAGUACUCAGAAACCACAGAGUUCUCUGGUGAAGAACAGAGUUACAAGGAUUCAGAAACCAGCAUUUCAUUGGAAGAGGAGGAGAAGAAAAAUAUGGAAGAAAGAAAACAAGUGUUUAAAGAUGUCCCGUCAUGUUUGAACAUGUAUAGAAGCAGAAAGCUUCUGCCAGAUUUUGUGAAACAAAUAUCCUUAGAUCGAGGACAUAGGUGGACAACGGAGACUCCAGGAGACUUGGCCUAGAAUUUCCUGAUGAAAGUUCAAGCACUGGAUGUAACAGCCAGAGAUUCAAUCCUCAGGCAGAGAGUUCUGGAUAAAGAUGGUAAAGGGGAAUUGCUGACUGGAGUGGAGAAUUUGGAAAUUGGUGAGAUUCAAAUCAUUAAACCCCUUGAUGUCCUUUGUGCCUCCAUGCUGUGUUCAGAUGGCUCUUUGCAAUGUGAAGUCAUGUCAAACAUGUAUCAAUGCCAGUUUGCUCUUCCCCUGCUGCUGCCAGAUGCAGAAAACAACAAAAGCAUCUUAAUGCUGGGGGCCAUGAUGGACAUUGUGAAGAAGCAGUCAGCACAGUCCUCAGGAGGCCCUGCAGAGGAUACAGAAAAGUUUCUGACUCUGAUGAAGAUUCCUACUUUGAGAAUGCUCAAAGACUUCAAGUUUUCACUAGUGAAAAUAUGGCUGGAACAGCUGAAGGUGAAGGACAACAAAGACAUAGUCAGCCAGAAAGCUCAUCUGAAAGCCAAGCUCAGAUGCUUAUAA